AUGCAUCUAACCCGCUGGCUUCUACUUGGCUCUGUCAUUUUGGGAAUUGUGGUCCUCUGUGAUGCAGGACCUUUACAUGCUCAAUGCAGAGUGCAAUGGUACUUUGGCAUACCUUGUAGAUGGGUAUAUGAAGGUUUGGUGUCUCAGAUUAAGAAGUGGAGGACGAUAUCAGGCUGUACUGGGGGAGGACAGCGGUGUCUGUAUAAGCUCCAGUCAGCUUCUUCCCACUUCAUCGCAGCCAAGCACACAACGCCAAUGAAAAGCCAUGUUGAUGACAUCACCUUCCACUUAGUUUCAUUUGGAUUCUUUACGCAUUGCAGUGUUUCUGGACUGUCUGUGUCAGAGUCAUGGUAUGCCAUCAAAGACCAUGGAGUGAAUUACUGUAACCUCUACAACUUAAUGGAUGGAAGUGGACUGACACAGGCCCGCGGAUACCAAGAGAUCACCAGUGACUUCAUGUGCACCCAGCGCUCCUCUGCCAACUGCACACUGUACUGAGGGAGAACACGGACAGUAAUCAGCCAAUGAGACUGCAUGGCUGUAGGGAGACCAAUGUUAUUGCUUUCUUCCCUCAAGUGCUGGCUUGCAUUUCAUUGUGCCUGCACUCCGUAGUGUUUUUAUUUUUUUGUUUACUGUUUCAUUUAUAUGGUUUGUAGCUUUAUUUUUUACAUCUAAAUAGAAUUUUGCUGCUUUAUGUUGAGGGAUGAUAUGGUUAGUAGAGUAGCCCACUUAUGUGUACAAAGUCCCUCUGC